AUUCUGAAUAUAAACCUCAAGGAAGAAGAUUUACAAUGAAAGAAAAAGUUCUUGCGUUGGCAUUAUACAAGCAGUCUGGAAGGUGUUACAGACUAUUAGAAAGUAUAUUUCACCUUCCGUCUGCAAGAUCAUUGAGGCAGAUCUUAAACAGAAUUAAUGUCAAUACAGGGUGCAAUCAAUUCAUAUGUCGACAACUGCAGGAAAAAGGUACAACAAUGAGCAGCAUAGAUAAAGUGUGUUGUGUAAUGUUUGAUGAGAUGGCAAUACAACCCCACGUUGAAUACGAUCCAGUAUCGGACUGUAUCGUGGGGUUUGAAGAUUGUCAGACUAUAAGAACGAUGAAAUACGCAGAUCAUGCGUUGGUAUUUAUGAUUCGAGGUAUACAUACCGGGUGGAAGUUCCCUGUUGCAUAUUAUUUUACGGAAAAUCAGGCAAGUACCGCACAUUUAGUACAAUGUAACACUAUCUACCUUGCUGGAGUUGAAAUUUGUCCGCUAUACGAUCCACCUCACCUAAUGAAGGGGAUCAGAAAUAAUCUAUUAAAUAAAGAUAUAGAAUUAGAUUUUAAGAAUGAAGGCGGAAUGGAGACAGAGAUUGGCCAUCUCCGAAUGCCGGUAAAGCAAGGCCAUGACACGGCGGAAAUGGCGUUAUUUUUCGACAGGCUAUUCGAUUCGGUUAAUGGUCAUUCGGUAAAGCCCGAAACAGAGCUCCGGAGUAUAGUUACCAGAAAAUCCAACCAUGGCGAAUUUUGGGGUAGUGCAAUAAAGAAAUUGUCUGAAAUGCGCUUUGUCAGCAUCAGUACUCACUGCCCUGUACAUACGACCCCAGUACUCAAACAUUGGCAAGCAACAAUUGGCGGGUUUCAACCCCUGUGGCAAUUAUUGCAAAGAUUAGGAUUCAAGUACUUCAGGCCCAGAUAUUUAAAUCAGGAUCCACUUGAAAAUUUUUUCGGGUGCAUCCGCAGUUUAAAUUACAGAUACACGAAUCCCACAGCAAAACAUUUCAAAAGCAAUUUUAAAACACUAUUAGUCAAUAAUUUAAGUUCGAAAAAUAGUUUCGGAAAUUGCGAAACGAUUUGCGAUGGCAAUUUGUUGUUAACAUUUGAAACACUAAAUACUGGCACUCCCAACCAUAAUCAGGAAUAUCCCAUUGAAAACAUGUUACACCAGAGCACACCAGCAAUAUCGGAGCAGAAUAACAGCGUUCAAAAUAACUUUAAAAAAACAUAUCAGCUCCUGUUGCAACAUUUGCCAAAUAUUUGUCAUACGUAG